AUGAGUGGUACACGAAGAACACGCUCACACGAGUGGUACACGAAGAACACGCUCACACGAGUGGUACACGAAGAACACGCUCACACGAGUGGUACACGAAGAACACGCUCACACGAGUGGUACACGAAGAACACGCUCACACGAGUGGUACACGAAGAACACGCUCACACGAGUGGUACACGAAGAACACGCUCACACGAGUGGUACACGAAGAACACGCUCACACGAGUGGUACACGAAGAACACGCUCACACGAGUGGUACACGAAGAACACGCUCACACGAGUGGUACACGAAGAACACGCUCACACGAGUGGUACACGAAGAACACGCUCACACGAGUGGUACACGAAGAACACGCUCACACGAGUGGUACACGAAGAACACGCUCACACGAGUGGUACACGAAGAACACGCUCACACGAGUGGUACACGAAGAACACGCUCACACGAGUGGUACACGAAGAACACGCUCACACGAGUGGUACACGAAGAACACGCUCACACGAGUGGUACACGAAGAACACGCUCACACGCGUGGUACACGAAGAACACGCUCACACGAGUGGUACACGAAGAACACGCUCACACGAGUGGUACACGAAGAACACGCUCACACGAGUGGUACACGAAGAACACGCUCACACGAGUGGUACACGAAGAACACGCUCACACGAGUGGUACACGAAGAACACGCUCACACGAGUGGUACACGAAGAACACGCUCACACGAGUGGUACACGAAGAACACGCUCACACGAGUGGUACACGAAGAACACGCUCACACGAGUGGUACACGAAGAACACGCUCACACGAGUGGUACACGAAGAACACGCUCACACGAGUGGUACACGAAGAACACGCUCACACGAGUGGUACACGAAGAACACGCUCACACGAGUGGUACACGAAGAACACGCUCACACGAGUGGUACACGAAGAACACGCUCACACGAGUGGUACACGAAGAACACGCUCACACGAGUGGUACACGAAGAACACGCUCACACGAGUGGUACACGAAGAACACGCUCACACGAGUGGUACACGAAGAACACGCUCACACGAGUGGUACACGAAGAACACGCUCACACGAGUGGUACACGAAGAACACGCUCACACGAGUGGUACACGAAGAACACGCUCACACGAGUGGUACACGAAGAACACGCUCACACGAGUGGUACACGAAGAACACGCUCACACGAGUGGUACACGAAGAACACGCUCACACGAGUGGUACACGAAGAACACGCACCCACGAGUGGUACACGAAGAACACGCACCCACGAGUGGUACACGAAGAACACGCACCCACGAGUGGUACACGAAGAACACGCUCACAUGAGUGGUACACGAACAAAAGCACACUGGUAG